AUGACACUAUCUCCGGAUUUAGAACGGCAGCAGAAGCAGCCGCGAACCGACAUUGCUGUAGCCGAUCGGAGCGUCAGCGAGACGCGUUACUUCGACGACGUGACAAUAACCACGGGCGACAUUUGCGACAAGGAGGAUGGGCGGUUGCUGCUCGCAGGGGCAUGCGACAAUUGCGAGGAUGGCGGCGCGGCUCCGGUGAUAGAAACGACAGCCGUCGGUGAUGGCCAAGGCACCAAUGCUGCUCCUGCUGUUGACAUUUUCCAGGAGGAGGCGGCGGAGGAGGAGGCGGAAGAGGAGGGGGAGGAGGAGGCGGAAGAGGAGGGGGAGGAGGAGGCGGGGGAAGGCGAGGGAGACGAUGGAGAGCCGAGCCUGUGGUCGGCAUUGACGUUCGCAUGGGUGACCCCCACAAUGCGCCUGGGCGCGCGCACAACGCUGCAGUCGGCGGACCUCCCCCCGCCCCCGCGCACCUGGCGCGCGGAUUGGCUGGACGCACAAACGGCGCGCAUAAUGGACGGGGAGCAGGGGGAGAGGGGGCGGAAGAGGGAGGAGCAUGGGGAAUGGGGGCGGAAGGAGGAGGAGCAGUGUGAAGGGGAGCAGGGGGGAAGGCGGGAGGGGAACGGAAGCGGUCAGUUGGUGGUGUCGGGCGGAUGGAAGGCAGGGGGCAGGGCAGGCGGAAGUGGGCAGAGGACACACGGAAGUGGCCGUUUUGGGCGGCUCUGUACUGGCCGCACCGGUGGGCGCUGUUGCUGCUGGCAGUGA